GGCUGUGGUUGGCGGUACCACUUCCCAGACAACCUCGACGAGGAGGUCCUGAAGUGGCCCUCGGACCCGCACGCGCCGCUGAUGGAGCUGCGGCACUCCGCGUUCGUGAGCCGCACGGAGACUGAGUGGCACAACGCGGAGUUCCGGGAGUCGGAGCACGGGGUUCACCACAGGUGGCCACCCGGUACCCGCCGCAUAAAGGAGCCUUCGCGGCAGGCGGAUUUGUUCCAGCAGGCCGACUUCUACCAGGCUGACUUGUUCACAGAGGACGACGCCCAGGACGCCAAGGUCAUCGAGUUCUGAGGCCCGCCGGCGAGGCCGUAGGACGGCAGACCUCCUCCGGGACCGCCCCCCCCCCCUGCUCCCCUUCCUGCCCCCCCUCCCUGCCCCCUUCCUGCCCCCCCCCCCUCCUGCCUGCCGCUCCCCGCCCUGCACGGGCCCCGAGACCUGGGCGCUGCAGCUCCUUGCGAACCGGGGGCGUCCUCGCCCGGCUUCGCGGGCCCCGGGGCCAUCACGGAUGGAUCCGGCUCGAGAGGUGC